AUGGCCAAGUCCAAGAACGCGUCCCAGCACCACGCCAGCCAGAAGGCUCACCGUAACGGUAUCAAGAAGCCCAAGACCAACCGUUACCCCUCCCUCAAGGGUGUUGACCCCAAGUUCCGCCGCAACCACCGUCACGCUCUGCACGGCACCAUGAAGGCUCUUAAGGAGGUCAAGCAGGGCAAGCGCGAGUCCGCAUAA